AUGGAACAGGGCAGUCACAUGAGUCGGGAGGGCGGCCCGGAGAUAAAAGACCAAUGGAAUAACUACACGCUCAAGCCUGAGGUGUUCAAGACCCUGAAUGAUGGCUCGGACUCGCUGCUGGUCACACUCUACAUCGAAGACGUCAAUGACCAUCCCCCGGUGUUCGUCGGUGACCCAUACCAGGUCACUGUAGACGAACUCACCCCAAAAGGAAUGGUGAUUUACGACGGCAUCAUGGCAAAGGACAAGGACAAGGCCAACACCGCUAACAGCGACAUCUACUACUGGAUAUCGAACGGCAACGAGAAUCUGAAGUUCAGCUUGUCGCCGCUACCCCGAGGCGGCGCUGCAGUCGUACUCGAGAAACCGUUCGACUUUGAGAACGGCGACAGGGAAAUGAAUUUAACCAUCACAGCUUCGGACCGCGGCGCCCCGGCCCGUCUAAGCCGGGCUCAGCUGACGAUCUCAGUCAAGGACGGUGACGACCAGCCGCCCCUUUUCACCGCUGCCAUCUACCGGGCCAGCGUCACCGAGUAUCCCGGCCCCCAGAUGAGAUCCCUUCAGCUCCUUCUGCGCACGGAGCCACCAAUCCUGGCCUACGACGGCGAUCUGGCAAUCGACCAGCGGCUUAACUACCGUAUUCGAUCUGGCAACACUGGGCAACAUUUCAGCAUGGACUCCGCCACCGGCGCCCUGACGCUGGUGAAAACUUUCGACCGCGAGCAGUUAGAAAACGACGAGGUCACGCUGACGGUCGAGGCGUGGCAGACGGACGACAGGUCAAGGUCAGCGCGCGCCACCGUGGUGGUGACGGUCACUGACCUCAACGACAACCGGCCCGACUUCCUCGUGGACCGCUACAACAUCAGCAUCAUCGAGAACCUGCUGCGGGGCUUCAGCAUCGUCCAGGUCCGCGCCACGGACGCCGACAAGGGGGACAACGCCAACUUCACCUAUAGCCUGGACGACCCCUCGGGAGCAUUUGGACUCAACCCGGUAACAGGAUGGCUGACGGUGGCGGAUCAGUCCAAGUUGGACCGCGAGGAGCAGUCGCAGUUGAAAUUGGACAUUUACGCCGACGAACUAACUCCGAGUGUGUUGAGAAGGCAAUCAAGGUCUUUCACAAAGGUGAUCAUCAAUCUGUUGGAUUCGAAUGACAACAACCCGAAGUUCCUACCAACGAACACGUACCAGUUUGUCGUGGAUGGCAAUAGCUCUCUUCGCAGGGUUAUUGGACGGGUGGAAGCCACCGAUCCCGACGAGGGCGUCAACGGCCGCGUGACGUUCUCAUUCGAGAACAACACGCUAACGGGCGGCCAGCCGGCGUUCUCCAUCUCCUCCUCGUCGGGGGAACUGCGCCAGCGGCGCCCCCUGCAGGCCGGCUCCUACGUGCUGUUCGUGCGCGCGGAGGACGCGCCGGUCACCCGCGGGGAGACUCGCAGCGCGCUAGCUGUGGUGACUGUGCUGGUGCGGGUCAGAAACGUCCGUCCACCCAGCGUCCCACCCGGUCAGCGGCUGUGGGUGGGCAAGGACGUGACCCCGGGGUCACGCGUCGGUCAGCUGAUCGUGGAAGACCCCGACGGAGAUGAUCUGACCUUCCGACUCAGAAAUGCAACAGUUCCCUUUGAUGUGGAUAAUGACACCGGGGUUAUUCGAGUCUCUUCGCCAUUGGAUGAAACAGAACAAUCCAAAUACAGCCUUGGUAUCGACAUUACCGACGGAACGCACCUAACGACAUCUAUUAUCGACAUCUUAAUCGUACCAGAAAACGCGGAAGAAUCAUUCGAGAGCGCAUCACUAGCGUUCAAUGUAACGGAAAAUCUCAGCAACAUCACUGUCGGCAUGCUUCUUGACGAAGAUGAACGUCCUGUAGAGUUCUUGGAAGCAAAAAUUUUGAAUCCAUCGCUAAACGACACGUUUCAAGUAACCUCCGAAGCAGAACUUCGGCUGAUAAAGUCGUUGGAUUUUGAGGAGCAUCGUCAGCUCUCAUUCACCGUCGUCCUACAGUACCGACGACAUCGGCAACAUCACGUGCGUGCCGCCGCCCUCACCGUCAACGUAUUAGACGCCAACGACAACGCACCGCGCUUCAGCAGCCGGCACUACACCGGCGUCGUGGCCGCCGACGCCGCCGCUGGCGAUCUGGCCACCGUGACCCCGGCCAUCAGGGUCAGCGAUGCGGACGAGGUGCGCAGUGAGCUGGAGUUCCGCCUGACCGGCUGCGAGGGCGCGUUCGAAGUCAGCGCCCUGGCGCUGGUGAGCGUGGUCGCGACUCAGUUUGAGCGGGAAGUGUUCGAGUGCGAGCUGGAAGUCACGGACGAGGACGGCUUGCGAUCUAACAGCUCCUUGACCGUUCGCAUCGAGGACUGGGAACCUCGGAGGAAUCCGGAUGUAGAAGAGGUCACGGAGCUGACCCCGCGAGCGGCCUCAGGCGCACUGAAAGGGUCGGCGACUGGCACAACGAUCCGCAGCGUAGGUCUCGCUUCGAAGAGCGACCUUCCGGUCGAGGAUCCGAGUGCUUCCACUCACGGUCGCGACGAAAACGAGACACGACCAGAUGAAGGAGGUCGCCGAGCAGACAACGUUACGGACCGGCGUGACUUUCGCUCGAGGGCAUUGUCCGAGUCCUCACAGAUCCUCGCACAGCUGCUGACGUCGACACCAGGGGCUAAUGCAUCGGACGUGCUGCGCGCGACGGUACGGAUCCCUUCCGGUCUUCCUACCGGCUCUGUGGUGUUUCGUCUGCCAGAAAGCAUCUCCCUGCAACCUCUGCCUGCAGGGAGAGAUGAUAACUCUACAGAUGGAGGAGAUGUGACGGAGGUGUGGCCAGGCGGUGGUGAAGCUGGUAAAGCCGGCGGUGGCAGACACUUCGCUAUCGACUUCGAGAAAAACCUGGUGCGAGUGGUAAGGCCGCUGCGCAGUGCCGGCCAGGUCGUCCUCAGAAUCCAGUCGCAGGAGGGCAGCAAGCGGAAGGACCUGCUGAUUCUCAUGGUAGACGUGGUGCUUGUCAAACAGCCCGAGCUGGUCAAGCACAACCUGACAUUCUCCAUGGAUGAGGGAGAAUACACGGACGUCGAGGUGGGAACGGUACAACUGACGACGUCGCCGGAGAGCGACCGCGUGCUCUUCAGCAUCCCCAGCGGCGACAGCUCCUAUCGGAUCACCCAGGACGGCCGAAUCUUCCUGUCGGGGAAAGUGGACUCAGAGCGCUCCACCGUGGCACGCGUGCCGAUCCUGGCGUGCCGCCAGCUGUGCAUCGACCUGGCAUCGAGCUUACCGCUGGAAGGAAGCGUACAGGACGCCUGCCGCGGAUCCUGUGCCGCCGCAAAUGUCACGCUGCUGCUCCGCGACCUCAACGACAACAGCCCCGUCUUCACGGGCGUCAGCGACGUGGUGACGACGUCGCGCGGGCUCCAGAACGAACCGGACGCGCCGUACGCGGUGUACAAGAUACGCACGCCGACCGAGCUGGUCCGAGCUACUGUCGUUGCCAACGUCUCCGCCUACGACAUUGACAGUGACUCGACCAACAGCGCCGUCCGCUUCAAGAUCCUCACGCCCAGCGACGACUUCGUGAUCGGCGCGGAGACCGGCACGGUGACGGCCGCGCGUAAUGUGACCUCGCCUGCUGGCACCGUUCUCCGCCUGACCCUGGCGGCCUAUGACCUGGGUUCGCCCAGCCAGCGCGCGUUUGCCGUGUUGGAGCUAACCGCCACGGAAGGGAGCCAGGUGGAAAUGGCGCGAGCAUUCGACCGGCGCUUGUACGAGGUCCACGUCGAGGAGAACACCCGAGCGGCCAAGAUCUGGAUGCCGUGGCGGCUCGACCCCUCCGGCCAGCAGCGUCGAUGGACGGUGAAUCCGGUCAACGGCACCAAACAACCCGGUCGCCUCGCCGUCGCCAUCACGAACAAUUCCUUCUUGGAAAUGAGCGGUCCGCUCGACCACGAGCAGACGCGGGAGGUGUGGCUGCUGGUAACGACAGACCUGCUGCCGGCCAGCUCUGACGCGUACUUGACCCCGGCUGCUGAAGGUCAGCCCCCGUCGCCUCGCAGAGCGCCGCCGAACUCCGCCGACCGCGGAUCGAGCGCGGACGAGCUACGCUAUAACCAGGCCCUGAUCAAGAUCGUCGUGGUGGAUGUGAACGAUCACUGGCCGCGGUUCAAUGUCACCGACCUGCCCUCCAUUGUGGGCGUGCCUUACGACGCUGGUUACGGCUUUGAAGUCAUGCACAUGGAGGCAACCGAUGGCGACAAAAACGACAAUAUAUCAUACUCGCUCAACGCCACGGACCGACAUGUACGGGCCAUGUACAGCAUAGACCCGACAAACGGGCAGGUGUGGCUGCUGCGUCGGGCGGACGACACGGCGCAGAGGAUCCACCGUCUCCAGAUCCUCGCGACAGACACGGCCAACCACACCACUCGCGCCAAGAUUCUGAUAUACGUGCUGGAUUCCCGGGACAUGAUGAUAGCAAAGCUGAACCAGACUUCCGAACAUAUUCGGCAAAAUCGUGACGUCAUAUCCAGGGGUUUGAGCGAGAUGGCCGGCGGCGAUGUGCGGAUCCUGCGCGUGGCGCCUCACUCGGAUGGUCAGCUGGUGGACGAGCGGUACUCGGACGUUUGGCUGUACGCGCUCGACCCCCGCACGCGUACCCUGCUGAGCAGCCGCGACCUCAUGGCCCGACUGGGCAGCGGUGACCCGGAGAUGGCCUCAGGCGGUGACCAGGGUGUGCGCGUGGCGGGGAUGUGGCCGGCGGUCGAGGAGAGUCGCGGCUUCUUCACCAACCUCAAGUUCAUCAUCAUCGGCCUCUCGCUCACCAUCUUCCUGCUCAUGGCCCUGACGCUCGGCAUCCUCUGCUGCAAGAGCUGCCAGAGGGACCGCAAGACGUCCCCGUACCCUCCUCUGACGAUGACGCCGGCCGCUAGCGGCUACAGCACCACGCCGCCGCCUACCGUGAACAGUGACGUCAGCGGCGGCUCGCCGAUGACGUCACAGCACGCCGGCGGGCGGUCGAGUCGCGAGAUGGUGGAGAAGCGGGUCCAGCAGAGCGAGCCGCUGGCGGUGGUGCUACAGACGCCGCUGUACUGUAAGCCGUCCAGACGUCUCUCCGCGACCCAGGUCUCUCCCGGGCACUACAUGGCUGACGCCAAACAGCUGUCGCAGACGCUGGUGCGCAGGCGCGCUGACCCUAGCCCCGCCCAGCCCAGCUCGCAUAAGCGCUACGGUAGCCUCAACUACCCGGCUGGCAGCCGAGCGGCCAAUCAGCUCGCGGCGGUGCUCAACCCUGAGCGCCCAUUGGUCGGCCCCAACGUUCGCCGUCAGUCGGUGACCAAUAGUUUGGGAGAUGGAACCGAAGUGGGCGUGGCCACCAUGAGCUUCUGCAGCGAGUCGCCGUCGGAUAUGCCGCAGAUUGACCACGUAAAGGGUUUCAGGCUGCGACCAGGGCGGUUGGCGCCGUCCUCCGCCGCGGGCUCCAGAUGA